UCAUCCCCUUGGCGGCUGAGGUUGUAGGCGAAUAUACAGUUCAAGAUCUUUCACUGUCGCCCUACACACACACACACACACACACACACACACACACACACACACACACACACACACUCUCACACACACUCACGAACUCACACACACACUCACGCACUCAUUCACUCCUUACUGGCCGGAUUCCCCUUUUUAUUUUUUUUUCCCACGAAUUUCUUGAUUUUUACCUCGUUAUCUCCUGGAGGAAGAAAAGGCGAAGUGUAGCUAAGGCUUGCAAAAGGAUUUCCUUCUUUUGCAGAAGAAAUAUCCCUACCUUUUUCCCCCCUCUUCCUUAGCAGGAGGGGCAGCGGCGGGGGGGAAGCGAUGAGAAGCUUCAUUUCUCUGCUUUGCCUCUGGAGUCUCUAUUGUUCUGCUGCCGCGGGAAACACAGACCCAGAUGGUCCAGAGGGGCUACUGAAAGAUAGAAACUUAACCGAGCAUCCCCAGUCCAAUACAGUGCAUCCUCCUGCUAAGCCCCCAGUACGGUUUAAUGUCAGAACCUCCAAAGACCCAGAGCACGAAGGCUGCUAUCUCUCCAGAGGCAGUGACCAACAUUUAAAAGACUGCGAUUUCAACACAACAGCAAAAACCUUUUUCAUCAUCCACGGAUGGACGAUGAGUGGUAUGUUUGAGAAUUGGUUGUUCAAGCUCGUGUCGGCCCUUCAGAUGAGAGAGAAAGAUGCUAAUGUAGUCGUGGUGGACUGGCUGCCAUUAGCCCAUCAGCUCUAUACAGAUGCUGUCAACAACACUAGGGAAGUGGGUUCUACAAUUGCCAAGAUGUUGGACUGGCUGCAGGAGAAGGAGCAUUUUUCUCUUGAGAAUGUUCACUUGAUUGGCUACAGUCUUGGAGCUCAUGUUGCUGGAUAUGCUGGAAAUUUUGUACAGGGGACAAUAGGAAGGAUCACAGGGUUGGAUCCAGCUGGCCCCAUGUUUGAAGGAACAGACAUCCACAAGCGGCUCUCCCCGGAUGAUGCGUACUUUGUGGACGUCCUCCACACAUACACCCGUUCCUUUGGCUUGAGUAUUGGCAUCCAGAUGCCCGUGGGCCACAUUGAUAUUUAUCCCAAUGGGGGUGACUAUCAGCCAGGCUGUGGGCUGAAUGAUGUCUUAGGAUCCAUUGCCUAUGGAACCAUCACAGAAGUGGUGAAAUGUGAGCAUGAGAGGGCUGUGCACCUCUUUGUGGACUCCCUGGUGAACCAGGACAAGCAGAGCUUUGCCUUCCAGUGCACGGACUCCAAUCGUUUUAAGAAAGGCAUCUGCCUGAGCUGCCGGAAAAACCGCUGCAACAGCAUUGGCUAUAAUGCCAAGAAAAUCCGGCACAAAAGAAACAGCAAGAUGUACCUAAAGACCCGAGCUGGCAUGCCUUUCAAAGUUUACCAUUAUCAGAUGAAAAUCCAUGUCUUCAGCUACAAGACCAUGGGAGAAACAGAGCCCUCGUUUUAUGUUACACUUUAUGGUACCAACACGGACUCCCAAUCUCUUCCUCUAGAGAUAGUGGAGCAGAUAGACUUAAAUUCCACCAACACCUUCCUGGUGUACACGGAAGAGGACAUGGGUGAUCUCUUGAAGAUCAAGCUCUCCUGGGAGGGCACACCUCAGUCCUGGUACAACCUGUGGAGAGAGCUGCGAAGCUACCUGUCAAAACCCCACCAGCCUGUGAGGGAGCUUCACAUUAGGCGCAUUCGGGUCAAAUCUGGGGAGACCCAGAAGAAACUGACUUUCUGUGCUGAAGAUCCUGAGCAAACCAGCAUCAGUCCUGGCAAAGACCUCUGGUUUACCAAGUGCCGAGAUGGCUGGAGAGUAAAAAAUCAGACCAGCUCUGCCAUGGAUCUGCUCUAAGGGUCCUUUUGGAAGUCUUGGCCCCAGACACCCACCGCCGUCCAACUACAUGGAGAAAGUUACUGCUGAGGAUCUACCCUGAGGGAAGGAUCUCCUCCUGGCUGCUAACAGGAGGGCACUUGAUGCUUGGGCUCAGGCCCCGCCUUUUCCCACGACUGCUAUAAUGGCAGACAGGAGGGGAACUCAUCCAUUACUGCAACUACCACUGAUACUUAGGCUAGCAUUAACCCUAACUGAAUGCUCAGUGAACCCCGAGUGGUGGCUGAGGCCCAAUUCUGUCUACUAGCUUAAUGUCUGUGUGCUUCUCAGCACUGGUUUGAAGUCCCUGGAGAAUGUCCAGCUGUGUUUUUUAGCCAAGGGAAAACUCAACCAUUGUGAAGUGACCCUUAAUGGAUGAGGCACAGUAAAGGACAUACACACCUACACCAA